AUUUACGGCAGAUAUAUGGAACUACUUUCUCUUAGUGGUGAUAAAGGGAACUAUUUUCGUUCAAAUAAGCGGGAUGAAAUAAUGUAAGAACAGACAUAUAAAAUUUAAAAGGAUGUGGAUACUAGCAUUGUUUAUAGCUUUAUUGCAUGUAUACACAUGUCAUGGUGCCCCAAAGUAUACAUGGCCUCUUGACAUUGUGAACCCUCUACUCGAGACGAGGGCGAAUGUUACCGAGGGACAACCGGGCUGUUCUUAUCAGCAAGGAUUAUUGUAUGAUACACUUAAUUACAAUGGCAUUUACAUGUCGGGAAGUUCUUACUCUUACAUUGACGUUACAAUAGGGAAUGCGCAUAGUAUAGAUGAUUUUGCAAUAACUAUAUACGUUAAGAGGCAAAGUCUCUACGGUGUCGGAACUAUUUUUCAUUACAGAGUGGAUGCAGCCGCCGUUGACAACACCAUUAUACAAAUCAAAGAUGUGAUUCUAAGUAACAAUGAAACGCAUUUGAUUGCGGAAACGUUCGGGCCAUAUGAUGAACUGUAUGGCUUCACAGCGGCAGCAUUAGACGCUGCAACACUGGCUCAAAAUUGGACAGGAAUAUGUGUAAGUCAUGAUGGGAAGAAGAAGACACGGAUCAUCACUAAUACGGGUAUUGACAUUUUAACAGAAGCCGCAAUGGAUGCCGAAAUAGAACAACCAGCUAUGCUGAGAUUCGGCUCCUCUUUCUACCCUGAACGGCCACCUUUCUUCGGGAAUAUUAUUUGCGCUAACAUGUAUGGUACAAAAGAUUGCCAUUUAGAUGAUUCGUUAGUUGAGUGCACAGGUGGAGCCUGGCAACUUCCCAUAGUUCCAGUGACUGAAACCUGUACUGAACUUAAAGGCUACUUUAAGAUUAAGCAACAGAAUGCUGUGAUAGAUAAUUCUGUAUCACCAAUAAAUACGACAACCACCUCGUCCAGAAUGAAAUGUGCAGAAUUAUGUGUGAGGACCGAGAUAUGUUGGACAUACACAUUGAAUAAAGUAACAGUAGAAUGUAAAAUAUAUGAUUCGGACUACUCAGUGUACCUUGUACCUGCUACCGGAAGUAACUAUUACAUCCGACGCGACAUCUGUUGCUCAAAAUGAAAAAGGUCUUAGAUAAAACCUGGGCCAGAAAGAGAUAUAAAUAAGUUAGUCCCUUGCAAGUAAACUC